AUGGGAACAUUACCCUAGCACGUAAUUUAUACUUGAUCUAGAUCGAUCCCAUUUGAAUGACAUCGAGUAAUUUUGAAGUAUUGUAAAGCUCGUUAUUGUUUAAAUGGCGCCGACGCACCCUUUGCUUUGGCGCUCUCUUCGGGUCUUCCAAGUCUAUGGGGCAAACACUGACGUCGGCAAAACAAUAUUCACCACAGUUCUCUGUAAAGCCGCGAACAACGCUUCGAAAAAGGAACGAACGGCAUUCCUAAAACCUGUGUCAACAGGCCCAGAGGAUGGGGCCGAUGACCGUCAUAUUCAAAGGCAUGCGCCAGGGGUCGAUCGUGCGACGUUGCUGCAAUAUGAUCUUGCGAUAAGUCCGCACGCUGCGGCAAAGGGCAAGUCAAUACCCUCGAAUAAAGAGCUACUCUCCAAGAUAUAUAAUUUCGCAUUGCAAAGAGCGAACCAUAGCCCUGGAUGGCUUUUCAUCGAAACAGCCGGUGGCGUUCAUUCUCCGGGGCCAUCAGGGACCACCCAGGCAGACCUGUAUACCGCAUUACGAUGCCCGGUUAUACUCAUCGCGGAUUCCAAACUGGGAGGGAUCUCUUUGACUAUCUCAGCUUUAGAAUCUCUCAAGCUUCGCGGAUAUGACGUUGAGGCUAUUCUCGUGUUCCAGGACAAGGAAUAUGACAAUGAGCAAUACUUAAAGGAUUACUUCACGACCCACCAUGGUAUACUUGUCGCGUCUUUACCGGCACCUCCGCCUAAAGCGCAAAACGGAGACGCAGACGAGGAUAUAAUGUCGCAAUAUUACAGGUCAGGGGCCCAAAGUGAAGCCACUCGCAACAUUCUUAAGCAUUUAGAACGGAAACACCAGGCGCGUAUCGAGAGACUAGAGUCCAUGGCUGACAAUGCUUAUAAGCGAAUAUGGUAUCCAUUCACUCAACACAGCCUCGUUUCACCGGAUAGCAUUGUCGCAAUCGAUAGCGCCCGGGGCGAUUAUUUCCAAACCCUAGUGCCACGCCUUAGAGGAGCAACCGCCGAAAACGGACCCCUUUUACAGCCUUCUUUCGAUGGUUCUGCCUCUUGGUGGACUCAAGGGCUCGGCCAUGGAAAUCCUUCACUGACAAUGGCCGCAGCCUAUGCAGCGGGUCGCUAUGGCCAUGUCAUGUUUCCUGGGGCUGUUCAUGAGCCUGCAUUGGCUUUAGCAGAAACCCUUUUACGCGAGAUGAAGAAUUCUCGCCUCAGUCGCGUAUUUUAUUCGGAUAACGGCAGUACUGGUGUGGAAGUAGCAGUUAAGAUGGCACUGCGAGCGACCAGACUCCGAUACGGCUGGACCGCAAGUACGGAUAUCGGGAUUAUCGGAAUGAAGGGCGGAUACCAUGGUGACACCAUUGGCGCUAUGGAUUGUGCCGAACCAAGUACUUACAAUGAAAAUAUCGAGUGGUACAACGGCAGGGGUAUCUGGUUCAACUAUCCGAGCGUUAAAUGCACUCGUGGCCGAUGGGUCGUCGAAAUACCCGAUUCGCUAGGGAACGAUGUUAGGGGUUAUCAAGAAUUCGGAAGUCUAUCCGACAUAUUCGACAUUGAAUCGCGGGAGUCAAGGAACGAACAGAAAGCGUAUGAAAAGUACAUCGAGGGCGAGUUGUCACGCCACAUAAACGGCGGCCGAAAGUUUGGCGCCUUACUUAUAGAACCAGUAGUGAUUGGAGCCGGAGGCAUGGAGCUGGUCGACCCCCUCUUUCAACGUGCCCUCGUUAAUGUAGUCCGGCGUUCGGAAAACCUCUUUGGCUCGCAUGAUCAAUCGGAUACCUCAGACCCUACAUGCUGGACGGGUCUUCCCGUAAUAUUCGAUGAAGUCUUCACCGGAUUGUCUCGUCUCGGCAGAUUUACAGCGUCUUCUUUUCUUCAAAGCGAAGCUGACAUAUCCGUUCAUGCCAAGCUUCUAACUGGUGGCUUAGUACCACUCAGUACUACAUUAGCAUCCGAGAGCAUUUUCAAAGCCUUCGAAAGUGAUGAUAAAGCUGAUGCCUUGCUUCACGGACACAGCUACACAGCUCAUCCGAUAGGUUGCCAAGUUGCCUUGGAAUCGGUACGGCAGAUGCAAACGAUGGAGAAGCAAGGCGAAUGGAAUUGGGCUAAAGAAAACGACUGGUCGGGAUCUGUGAGUGGCCAGCUCAGUCCCACGAAACCUGAAGUGUGGACCAUUUGGCCCUGGGAGUUGUUGAACUGGAUCUCGAAUCAGACACAGCUUGUAGCGGGGACCUGGGCUCUCGGGAGUAUUCUAUCAAUCCAUAUGAACGCUGCAGAUGGUCUCGGAUAUAAGAGUAACGCGGCGCUAAAACUACAGAGCGGUCUACGUGAAGGUGAUAAAGAGAGGGUAUGGAACGUUCAUAGUCGAGUCUUGGGUAAUGUUCUGUAUAUUAUGGGAAGUCAAAAAACCACGAAGGAGGACAUUGUGGAAAUAGCGGGUAUGAUACGGCGCGUGUUGGCGUCGCAUUGAGAUCUGCUAAGCUAAAAGUACUAAGAGUACUUGUAAAAAAGAAAAGGAUGAAGAAAUUAAGAAUAUUGAAUGAAUUAACCGGAAAAGGGACGGAAAAUGUCGUCACCUGUAGCUUAUGUAAUAUGAUGACAUAAUAUGCGCACGGAUC